AUGUGGAAUGAGCAGGGAUGGCGGAUUCGUGGACAGGGUCUGAGCAAUUUCUUUCUCUUCGAGUGCGCCGGCAAGAGGAAAACGGUUUCCGUCGACGUCUGUAAAGUCGAGCAGAGAAAGAGAGAACUCCACGGAGUGGUCCUCUGUCUUCGUGGUGUGGUGACCGGUGUGGAGGUGGAGUGUGGCGUCUCGGCUCCUCCUCCGGUGUGGCGCGCUGGUCUCUGUCCCCGGCGUGGGUGGUGGAGAGAUCUGUCAGAUCUGGACCGUUUCUCUCAGAUCUGGAGUUUUCUUCUUCUGGUUUCACAUCGGGGACAACGACGGUUUUGUCUCCGGCGCUGUGCGGUGGUCGUUCCUAGGAUUCGUGUGGCUCUUGGCGUUUCCCUAGGAGGCGUGUGGCUUGGACGUCGACCACUCACGGCGGAGCUUUUGGUCGAAGAUCCGCUUUAG